GGCUUUGAAACGUAUGCUGAACUUCAAUGUUCCCCCUGUUAAAAACAGCACAGGAGAACCAGUAUGGAAGGUUCUCAUUUAUGACAGAUUUGGCCAAGAUAUAAUCUCACCUUUGCUGUCAGUGAAAGAGCUAAGAGAUAUGGGGAUCACUUUGCAUCUACUUUUGCAUUCAGAUAGGGAUGCUAUUCCAGAUGUUCCAGCUGUUUACUUUGUAAUGCCAACAGAAGAAAAUAUUGACAGAAUGUGCCAGGAUCUUCGAAACCAGCUUUAUGAAUCUUAUUAUUUAAACUUCAUUUCUGCCAUUUCGAGAAGUAAACUGGAAGAUAUUGCAAAUGCUGCCAUAGGUGCUAAUGCAGUAACUCAAGUGGCUAAGGUGUUUGAUCAAUAUCUUAAUUUUAUUACUUUAGAAGAUGACAUGUUUGUAUUGUGUAACCAAAACAAAGAACUUGUUUCGUAUCGUGCCAUUAACCGACCAGAUAUAACGGACACAGAAAUGGAAACUAUAAUGGACACUGUUGUUGAUAGUCUCUUCUGUUUUUUUGUUACACUUGGAGCUAUUCCUAUAAUCAGAUGCUCAAGAGGAACUGCAGCUGAAAUGGUGGCAGUGAAAUUAGAUAAGAAGCUCAGAGAGAAUCUAAGAGAUGCCAGAAACAGUCUUUUUACAGGUGACACACUUGGAGCUGGCCAGUUCAGCUUCCAAAGGCCCCUAUUAGUCCUUGUUGACAGAAACAUAGAUUUAGCAACUCCUCUACAUCAUACUUGGACAUACCAAGCUUUAGUGCAUGAUGUUCUGGAUUUCCAUUUGAAUAGAGUUAACUUGGAAGAAUCAACAGGAACGGAAAGUUCUCCAACAGGUGCUAGACCAAAGAAAAAAAAUAAGAAGUCCUAUGAUUUAACGGCAUCUGAUAAAUUCUGGCAAAAGCAUAAGGGCAGUCCUUUUCCAGAGGUAGCUGAGUCUGUUCAGCAAGAACUGGAAUCCUACAGAGCCCAAGAAGAUGAAGUCAAAAGACUUAAAAGUAUCAUGGGUAUAGAAGGGGAGGAUGAAGGAGCAAUAAGUAUGCUUUCUGAUAAUACAGCUAAGCUAACUUCAGCUGUCAGCUCUCUUCCAGAACUUCUGGAAAAGAAGAGGCUCAUUGAUCUUCAUACAAAUGUUGCAACAGCUGUUUUGGAGCAUAUAAAGAGUCGAAAGCUGGAUGUGUAUUUUGAAUAUGAGGAAAAAAUAAUGAGCAAAUCCACUCUGGAUAAAUCUCUACUGGACAUGAUUUCUGACCCAGAUGCAGGAACUCCAGAAGACAAAAUGCGAUUAUUUCUUAUCUAUUACAUAAGCUCAGCUCAGGCACCUUCGGAGAUUGAUUUGGAACAGUAUAAAAAAGCAUUGAUGGAUGCAGGUUGUAAUCUUGCUCCUUUGAGCUACAUAAAACAAUGGAAGGCUUUCACUAAGAUGGCUUCAGCUCCAACCAGCUAUGGAAACACUACACCUAAACCUUUGGGUCUGUUUUCACGUGUUAUGAAUACAGGAUCACAGUUCGUAAUGGAAGGAGUGAAGAACUUGGUACUGAAGCAACAAAAUCUACCAGUCACACGUAUAUUGGACAACCUUAUGGAGAUGAAGUCAAACCCUGAGACAGAUGACUACCGGUAUUUUGACCCCAAGAUGCUGCGAGGCAGUGACAGCUCAGUUCCAAGAAACAAAAAUCCAUUCCAGGAGGCAAUCGUGUUUGUAGUUGGAGGCGGCAACUAUAUUGAAUAUCAAAAUCUUAUCGACUACAUAAAGGGUAAACAAGGCAAACAUGUCCUGUAUGGCUGCAGUGAACUUUUUAAUGCUACACAGUUUAUAAAACAGCUGUCCCAACUUGGCCAGAAAUAAGACUGAAACACCAUUACCUGAUGGCAACGUGAGAACAAAGAAUUGUUACAACAUUCAGAUAUCUUCAUAUCUGUGAUUUUGUCAUUAUAUGAAAACUUAAACCCAUUUCAUUAAUAUGAUAACUUUAAAAAAAAUCUGUAAUUAAUACGGUGUAUUUCAGAAAUAAACCUUAAAACAU